AUCGUAGGCAUAUUCUGUUUCUCAGGGCAAGAUGCAUCCAUCCCAUACAAUUUCACAGCACUUUGGUGCUACUGCCUGUAACCGUAUCAUCAAUGACUAAUCUUCUCUCACCAGGUCGCUUCCUUCUCCGCUUCCCCCAUUUCACGCCUUCCAGAAAUAAAACUAGGGUUGGAGAUCUCGUUUCUCUUAAUCAGCAUUACCCGACUCGACUUGGCUGCAACUCAAUGAGUCAACUGACACCUGAGGCAGAUGCCGCCGAUUCCCAGAAGGACGCCGCGAAAGAGGAGAACUCGGAGGAUGUAGUGGUGCAGUACGUGGUGCUGCGGCGAGACCUAAUAGACACGUGGCCGCUGGGGAGUGUGGUGACGCAGGGAUGUCAUGCCUCCGUUUGUGCAAUUUGGGCCAACAAAGACGAUCCUCACACUCUCGAGUAUUGUAGCCCUCAACACAUCGAUUCUAUGCACAAGGUAACUCUUGAAGUGAAAGGAGAAGCGCAGAUGUUGAACUUAUCAGAGAAGUUAAAAGCUGGAGGGAUUGCACAUAAGCUGUGGAUAGAACAGCCUGAAAACAUCCCUACUUGCCUGGCGACCAAGCCUUAUCCCAAAUCCAUUGUUUCAGUGUUUUUUAAAAAGUUGAAGCUUUGCAAGUAAUUAGUAAUGCACUUGCGAACAUUGUUAUUUGUUAUUCAUCCAUAAACCAAUUGUAGUGUAAGAGUUGCUGAAAUAAUAUUAUUCAUCUAAGAUUUUGGUUUGUUGCUC